CGUUGUUGAUAGCCCUGAAAAUUGUAAACAAACGACUAGGGCGAUGGAGAACGUGUGUCAGUGCUGCAAGGUACGACCGGGCUUGUCGGUCAAACGCGGUGGCUCGCUUCCGAAAACCCUUUGCCUGCAGUGCCUGCAUAUGGACACAUUUGGCACCAAGCAUAAGGGACCAAGGCCCGAAACCCAAAUUAACGACAAGGUUCACUUAGAAAUGUCCAUAAACGGCGAAGACGGCCUGCCGGAGCAUCCUUUAUAUCCAGAAGUGCAACUGGUAGUUAAGGAGGAGGACGCUCUAAUUAAGAAGAAGGUUAUCGAGGAAAACCACAUACAUAAUGAGGAGAUCAUAGGAGCGAGCAACAUAGUAGACGUAGAGGUUCAUGAGAAUCAUCGCGCAAAUAACGACGUGAUCCUCAUACAGGAUUCCUUCGCUGAGGAGGUAAUUCUUGAGGAUCAUCCCGCAAAUAACGACGUGAUCAUCAUACAGGAUUCCGUCGCUGAGGAGGAGCUCCCCGUAAUUAAGGAGGAGGCUAUUGAAGGGGAGGACUUGCAGGGAGAAUACUUUAUAAUAACAGAAUGUCUGGAAGAGCCAGCAAUCGGAAGCUGUCGCGUUUGCUUGGAACAGUCUGACAACUUAACCAAUAUAUUUGAUGACGCGCAUCAGUACGGAAUUCCGAUUGCCACGAUACUCUCUCAGUACACAGGAAUGCCAGUUGAGAAAGGCGAUUCAUUUUCUGAAUAUAUCUGUGUAACUUGUCUGGAUGUUGUGAAAAAUGCAUUCGAUGAUUUAGAGUCUAAAGAAAAUACUAUCCAGAUGUACCGACAACCUAAAGAGGAGAUCAUUGACAUAGAUUCAAUUCCAGUAAAAAACAAGCCAGUUGAUUAUGAAGUUACUGGGAAGCCACCUCACAGAUGCCCUCAGUGCCCAAAGAUAUUCUUACUCGCCGCCAAACUUCAAGCUCACAUUCGGACUCAUAAUGAAACGCGUACCACCGAGCCUCCACGGCUGAAAUGUCCCAUGUGUCCAAGUAUAUAUAUGAAACGCGGAUGUCUUGAAGCCCAUAUGUGGAUUCAUAGGGCCUCUGAUGAAAGAGAAUCAGAGUUGGAGCCUCCGUACAGGUGCCCUCACUGUCCAAAACUGUUCCUUUACUCCAGCUUUCUUGAAAUUCACAUUCAGACACAUGAGGAUGUCUCUCAGAGACUGUCUCGGAAGUCAUCGCACAAGUGCGCGCAGUGUGCAGAUGUAUUCUCAGACGUGUCCAGCCUUAAAGACCACGUAAAAAUCCACGCGGGGGAACGAACGUUCAAAUGUCCCCUCUGCCUGAUGUCCUUUCAAGAAGAAAGUAACCUAAAGAGUCACGAUUGUGCUCACACUCGUUUCAAGUGCCACAAGUGUUCCAAGUUUUUCGAAAGUCAGAAUUAUCUAGAUUUUCACUUCAAGAAAAGUCACACGACGAAAGGUCCGUUCAAGUGCAUAAAGUGCCAGCAAACUUUUCAAAAAAGAAACGGUCUUAAAGAACACAUCAGUUCGCAGGUUUGCGUACAAUUUCUCCGGAGUAAGUCUCCUGGACAAAUAUUCCCUUGUCCCAAAUGCCCGAAAAAAUUUAGCAUAGAAGACAAUUAUCAAAUGCACCACGCCACUCACAAGAAAGUAAAGACUGUUAUCGAGAGGCACAACUGUACACAGUGCAAAAAGUCCUAUCAAAAUAAAAAACUUCUUACCAAGCACAUUUUGAGUCACAACCGGUGUGUCCACUGCUCGAUGUCCUUUACGAGCAAAUAUCUUCUGGAGCAGCACACUUGUUCCCAGAGUUACCAAUUAAAUGGGAGCAGGGGUCGCAAAAAUCCUAAUUUGAACUACAACGAAUGCGAGGAGUCCAACGAAAGUGAUUUGGAACCAUAGCAUAAAUAUUAUAAUAUCUAUAUAAGAAAACCCCCACAAGCAAAUAAACAGAACCAGUUUG